UCUCGGUCGGCCACGGCUCGCCCUUCCUGGAGCUGCCUUUGUACUUGGAGGUAGCUUGCUCUGCGAGCCAGUCACCUGACCCGUCCCGGGAGCAGCCGGUGGCUUCCGCCACAUUCCUAGAAUUCUUCCUCGCGGCUCCGGUGGGUGGACAGCUGCGGGUUCUCUGAGCUGUGCUGACGCCGACUGUCCGCCUCCCGCCCCGGCUAGAAGCUUUCGGCCAGUGACAGCAAGUGAGCCCGGGAGGAGUAGCUCGCAGAGACUGCCAAAGGAGACCCCAAAGUCUGAAGAACGAUGGCCCUUCCUGGGAUAUGAAGUGUACCUACUGCAACAUGGUUUUCUCUCUCUAGCCCUGGAUAGCUGAACAUGGCCCUGGGUCCACAGAAAGCCAAAUGAUCCAACCCACAAUGCAUCAGCUUUUCAGAUUGGUUUUGGGACAAAAGGAUCUCUCCAGAGCUGGGGACCUCUUCUCUUUAGAUGACGCUGAGAUUGAAGACAGCCUGACGGAAGCUUUGGAGCAGAUUAAGGUCAUUAGCUCAUCUUUGGAUUACCAGACUAAUAAUAAUGACCAGGCAGUGGUUGAAAUCUGUAUCACAAGGAUCACGACGGCCAUCAGGGAGACGGAAUCCAUUGAAAAGCAUGCCAGGGCCCUGGUGGGACUGUGGGAUUCCUGCUUGGAGCACAACCUGAGACCCGCAGGGAAAGACGAAGAUACUCCACAUGCAAAAAUCGCAUCUGAUAUCAUGAGCUGCAUCUUGCAGAAUUACAACCGGACCCCUGUGAUGGUCUUAGCUGUCCCCAUUGCAGUGAAAUUCCUCCACAGAGGCAGCAAGGAGCUGUGUAGGAACAUGUCCAACUACCUGUCCCUGGCUGCCAUCAGCAAGGCAGAGCUCCUGGCUGAUCACACCGAGGGGAUAAUAAAGAGCAUUCUCCAAGGAAAUGCCAUGCUGUUGAGGGUGUUACCUGCUGUGUAUGAAAUGCAACCUCAACCCAUCAACAGACACCUGGCAGAACUCCUGGCCUUGAUGUCUCAAUUGGAGCAGACAGAACAGUACCAUCUACUCCGGCUUUUGCACGCAGCAGCAAAGAAGAGAGACGUGGAGAUGGUUCAGAAAUGCGUUCCUUUCCUCACCAGGCAUUUGAAGGAUUCAACCCACAAUGACUUCAUCCUAAACAUCCUCAUAGAAAUAGCAGGCUAUGAACCACUGGCUCUGAGCAGUUUUCUACCAAUGCUGAAAGAGAUUGGAGAGAGAUUUCCCUACCUCGCUGGACAAAUAGCAAGGAUCUAUGGCGCAGUUGGACAUGUGGAUGAAGAAAGAGCCAGGAGCUGCCUCGGUUACCUGGUGAGCCAGCUGGCCAACAUGGAGCACUCCUUUCACCAUAUUCUCCUGCUGGAAAUUAAGAGCAUCACCGAUGCCUUCUCCUCCAUCCUGGGCCCUCACAGCAGGGACAUCUUCCGGAUGAGCAACAGUUUCACCAACAUCGCCAAGCUGCUCUCCCGACAACUGGAAAACAGCAAGGCUGGGAAUGGCAGCAGAAAAACCGACUCUGAAGUUGGCUUUCCUGAGAAAGUGGGAGACGCCAAGACCACGGAGCCUGCAAGGGGAAACCAUGAAAAACUCCAAGUUAAAAUCCAAGCUUUUGAAGACAAAAUAAAUGCAGAGGGCAAUGCUCCUGGUUCUGUCCGGAGAUACAGUUUAGGCCACGUCUCUAAGGAAGAACAAAGAAACAUUAGAUUUGGCAGGUCCAGGAGUUUGGCUUUGAAUACCAUGCUCACAAACAGCGUGAGAGCUGAAGAUGGGGAAGCUGGAGAGAGGGCAGGAAUACAAGCCAGCAUCUCUCUUUCAGAGAUUGACCCACUUAGCCUCGGAAUGGGCAAGUUGCCCCUUAAGAUAGACACCCACGGAUCACAGCUGAGAAAUUCCUCUGCUUCACGCCCAAGUAUUGUGUAUAUAGAACCAGAGAAUAUGACUGAAACCGUUAGAGGAAACAUCCAAAAAGACAUUCCAGAGACCACCUCAAGUCCUGUGGAAUACCAAGAUAAGCUCUACUUGCAUUUAAAGGAAAACCUCGGUAAAGUGAAGGCUUAUGCCAUGGAAAUUACAAGGAAGGUGCCAGUCCCAGACCAUUGCGACAUUGAAGAUACCAUGAAAAGUUGUGUGGCAAAGCUGUUCUUUACCUGUUCCUUAAAGGGUCAGUACUGCCUGUACAGCAAGUCCAGCUUCACCCUCAUCAGCCAAGCCCCCCAGCUAUGGAUCCAGAUUAUGUUUCUCUUCCAGCAGAGCCUGUUUCAUGAGCCCCUGUCCAUUCAGAGUGGGUCUGUGCAGUUCCUCAAAGCCCUAUGGGAGAAGACGCAGGCCAGGGGAACCCACGGCUUUGAAGAUGCCAUGACAGAGUCCACAUUUCCGCAGCAGAAGGAUCUGGACCAGGUUCAGCUCCAUCUGGAAGAAGUGAGGUUCUUUGAUGUGUUCGGCUUCAGUGAGACAGCAGGGGCUUGGCAAUGCUUCAUGUGCAACAACCCCGAAAAGGCAACCGUUGUAAACCAGGAUGGCCAACCCCUCAUUGAAGGGAAACUCAAAGAGAAACAGGUGAGAUGGAAGCUCAUCAAGAGGUGGAAAACUCGCUACUUCACACUGGCCGGAAACCAGCUUCUGUUUCAGAAAGGGAAAUCUAAAGAUGAUCCUGAUGAUUCCCCAAUAGAACUCAGCAAAGUACAGAGUGUGAAGGCUGUGGCUAAGAAACGCCGGGACCGCUCUCUCCCCCGGGCUUUUGAAAUCUUCACAGACAAUAAGACCUAUGUUUUCAAAGCCAAGGACGAAAAGAAUGCAGAAGAGUGGCUGCAGUGCAUCAACGUGGCGCUUGCCCAGGCAAAAGAGAGGGAAAGUAGAGAAGUGACCACGUAUCUGUAGACACACGGACACCACCUCCUAUGACCACGCAUGAUAGGCAUUGGCAAUGCCAAGGAAAAGAGAAACCCACCGUGGCAUACUGGGUUUCACUGAAAAACCAAUGAAACCAUUAUCUGAAAGAAGGAGGGCCUAGGAGCUGGAGUGAUGGCUCAGUGGUUGGGAGCAUCGGCUGCUCUUCCCAGAGGACCCAGGUUCAAUUCCCAGCACCACGUGUUCCCCAAAGCUGUCUGAAACUGCAGUUCCAGGGCAUCUGACAUCUUCACACCAAUGCAUACAAAAUAAAGUUUGAUGAGUUUUUUUUAAGGAGGUCCUAAAAUGACAGGGUUCUCAGUAAACCCCACGCCCUCACAACUCUUGUAUUAGCUACAAGAUCUCUUCCUAAAGUACAUGAGAAAAAGAAGCCAUAGAGUUCAUACUGGAACAUGUAGAGGGCUAGGAAGGGACAGUUAUGAAUGAAGUAACAUCUGUGACUAUGUUAUUUAAGACUGUCAAAACAUUAAAUGGGACCAGUGAGUGAGAAAGCUCAGCAGGUGGAAGACAUUUGCUGCCAAGCCUCAUGGCCUGAGUUCUAGCUCCAUAACUGACCUAGUAGAAGGAAAGAACCAACUCCUGGGAAUUAUCAUCUGCUCUCCACAUAGCAUGGCACAUACCCCAGAUAGAUAGAUAGAUAGAUAGAUAGAUAGAUAGAUAGAUAGAUAGAUAGAUGGAAUUUUAGAAACAGAUGCUUGACAGAUCUACCUUGAAGGAAAACUAUUACAUUAAAAACAUAUUUUUUAAACAACUAUUAGGAAAAGUUGAACCAUUAUACACUGAAGAAAACCAAUAAAUUUAAGCUGGGCAGUAGGAGCACAUGCCUUUAAUCCCAGCACUCAGGAGGCAGAGGCAGGAGGUUCUCUGAGUUUAAGGCCAGCAUGAUCUACUAAGUGACUCCCAGGACAGCCAGGGAGGACUACAUGGAGAAACCCUGCCUUGAAAAACAAAAAGCAUUAACUUUAAUGCAUUGGUUACCUUUCCGGUGCUGUGAUAAAAUGCUCUGAGAAGAGCCACUUAGGGGAAAAAGGAUUUGUUUUGGUGUGAGGUCCCAGAGGCACAGAGUCUAUCGUAGCAGGGAGUGCAUGGCGGCAGGAACAAGAAGCUAGCUGACCAACUAGGGACCAAGCAUUCAAAUAUGUGAGCCUAUGGGGGUUAUUUACUAUUUAAAUUGCCACGUUUUAUUUCUCUUCUCAAUACAAAAAAAAUUCUAACACAUAAUUGUUGUAGGAGACAGCUUGUUGGUUCCUGGCUGCUCAGCCCUGAAAUAAUCACACAGAAACUAUAUUAUUUAAAACACUGCUUAGCCCAUUAGCUCUAGCUUUUUAUUGGCAAGCUCUUACUUAUUAAUUUAACCCAUCCUCAUUAAUCUGUGUAUCACCAUGUGGCUGUGGCUUACCGGCUAAAGUUUCAGCAUGUCUAUCUCUGGCGGGGCUACAUGGCUUCUCCCUGACUCCGCCCUUUUUUCCUUCCAGCAUUCAGUUUCGUUUUCCCCACCCAGCUCUCUUCCCCUAUAGCUCUGCUAUAGGCCCUAACCAGUUUCUUUAUUAGCCAAUGAUGUUCACAGCAUACAGAGGAGAAUCCCACAUCACAUAAUAUGAUGAUUGUUAAUCUGAUUGUGUAAUUAAAUUUAGGCUCUAAUUAGAGCAUAGCUGAAUUUUCAUGUUUAGACACACAGUUAUAUCUACUGUCCAGGCAGUACGUAUAGAUAGAAUAAGCAUGGAAAAAUACCUUUCUGAUGUGCAUCACCUCCCUUAAACCUGAAGGUUUUUAAUUAAAAUUCUAAGCUUUUCUUCUCUGUAGUAAGCCUUGUAUUGUCCAAACUAUAAGCAUGUAUUGUUUUUUGCCAUUAUCCAGAUAUAAUUUUAAAUUAAGCCAUCAUAGGCAGCUUAGAUAACUUCCAGUGGUCCAGGCCCUGGAAAAAUGUUCUACCCCUUGAGUGGUAGAGUGUGGGGCCUGAAGCUUGCUUGGACAAAUGUAGUAGUAUAGUCUCUUUUACAAUUGUGUUACCUUACAACAGACCUCUGACCCUGAGAUAAUACAGAGCCUCUCAGGAUGUAGCCCACCACCACUGUAGCGGCAGCCAUGACAUAUGUACUCUCUAGCCCAACCACCACCUGAUGUCAGUCAUGACAUACUCUGAUCAGAGGUACCAAGAUGGACACGUGUCCCACAGAGACUGCGCCAUAAUAACUCUAUUCUGCUUUAAAUGCAAACCAUGUGGUGAUUUGUUAGGCACUGAUUAAUUCAUAUAAAACCCUCCUGGUAAUAUAUCAAAGAUAACUUUUUUCUGUAAAGAUGAUUUAUUAUGUAUUUUAGUAUAGAAGCCUGGAAAAAUCCUUAAGUUGUCACCACACUGAUACUACUGUUAACUCAUGGGCAUAAGAAAUAUUAAAGGUGUCAUACUUGAGCAAAGAAACUCAAUUCAAUUUUACCAUGUAAAGUUUGAGGAGAUUAUGGGCCACAGGAGUUAUUACACAUUGGAAAUAGAGUUCAAGAGGUCAAAAUUUGGGUCCACUGUAUAUGUAGGAAAUUGUGAAAGAUGUGGAAUUGGCUGAAAUUACUGAAGGAGAAUAAGAAAUGGAAGAAUUGAUGAGGACCUCUUGGGGUACCAAUAUCUAAAAUUGAUGAGGACCUCUUAAGGUGCUAUUGAUGAGGACCUCUUGGAGUACCAAUAUCUAGAAUUGAUGAGGGCCUCUUGGGGUACCAAUAUCUAGAUUGAUAAGGACCUCUUGGGAUACCAAUAUCUAGACUAUGAGGACCUCUUGAGGUACCAAUAUCUAGGCAGAAAUAAGGUUGUAGCUGAUCAGUAUUCAAAGAUGAUGUUGCCCAGGAGACAUGCUAUUACAAAAGCUAAAUUAAGGAUUUUCAGGAUGUCAACAAUUUGAAGACAUGAAGAUAAAGCUUGACUUUUGUAAUCAGGAAGGAAUUGAUGUCACUGGGAAGAACGAUUUCAUUUGAAUGAUGGAGUAAAAGUUAACUUUCAAUGUGUUAUAGUAA